AUGGACAUAGCUCUGUUCUCGCCGUCGUCCCUCUUCGCCGCCGACGGUGACUCCUCCGAUGGAGAAACAACGGAGGCAAGCCAGAGCUUCGUUGAGAGGAAUCACCAGUUUCCCGGAAUGGAAGUGCAUAUCCGGGAAUUCGGAUUCCACCAGCUGAAUGCAAACUUGCUUUGGCCAGGUACAUUCUCCUUUGCAGAUUGGUUAGUGGAACAUCGACAUUUGAUUGAAAGGCGGCGUUGCCUUGAAAUUGGAAGCGGCACAGGUGCUCUAGCUAUUUUUCUUAAGAAAGAGUUCAAUCUCGACAUUACUACUUCAGACUACGACGAUCACGAGAUUCAAGACAAUAUUGCUCAUAACUGUGCUGCAAACAAUAUAAUCCCUUCUUUACCGCAUAUCAAGCAUACAUGGGGAGAUGCAUUUCCAGUCGCUGAACCAGAUUGGGAUUUGAUCAUAGCCAGUGAUAUCCUUCUAUAUGUGAAACAGUACCCGAACUUGAUCAAGUCUCUCACUUUUCUUCUCAAAACCUACAAACGAAAAGACACCAAUGCCAUUGCUCCAACCGAGUGCAAACCAAAUGGCACGGGUCUGCCGUCGCCGGUGUUCUUGAUGAGCUGGAGGCGAAGAAUCGGCAAAGACGACGAGUCUUUAUUCUUUAAUGGUUGCGAAGAAGCUGGCCUCGAGGUGAAGCAUCUUGGAAACCGAGUUUAUUGCAUCAACCUUAAGAGAAACCAACCACUGAAAGAACAAGAAAAAAUUCAAUAG